AUGCUGAAUUUAGAAACUCUGGUGACGCGCAGCUCUUUGGUGAAACUAGGGAGCCCUAUUGUUAUUGCUCUGACCCUCGGAAUGAGCUUUAUGUGCAUUGCUCUUGAUCGCCAGAUCAAGACGCUCUCGGCCUUUGAGCAUCUCCCCCGGGGGUUCCAGCGAGGUCAUUGCAUCAGGAGUUCCCUCGGCCUGUCGCAGAAUCCAAGAAAAAGACAGCCCGGUGGGUUUGGGGGUAUAAGGGAGCUUGUCUGGUGUUUCAUGUUAUCCACGUCCUGCCCGUCGCUUCGAUUUACCUCUUCGUUUAUUUUCUGCUCGGUUGUUUUGUCCGCUCGUCUGGGGAGCAUUUAA